AUGCCCAAUAUUGUCCACCCGGUCAUCCUGCUGAUGGCCAUGCUGGUGGUAACAGCAGGGAAUCAAGCAUCACUACCCAAGACCACACAGUGGCCACGACUGAAACCCACUAAGAAGCCUCCACCUCGAGACGAAGGGGGUCCUCCACAGCCGCCCGGCCGCUUGGGGUCCCAUCCGAUCACCACCACUGUGAGCCCCACCACCAGUGGCAUGACAGAGGAAGUCACAGACUCCACGAUGGACACUUACUCUACUUCCCCCACAGACAGCACCACCUACUCCAGUGAUGCUUAUUCUGCUGACUACCACACAGAGGCCAUGGUUCCUCCUGGGGCUGGCCCAGGGAACUACACGUUGGACUACAACGAGUGCUUUUUCAACUUCUGUGAGUGCUGUCCACCAGAGAGAGGUCCUCCAGGACCGGUGGGAGAAAAGGGAUUGCCGGGUAUUCCAGGGGAAAAGGGGGAGAUGGGACCUCCUGGACCCCCAGGUCAGGAUGGACUCACGGGCGCUCCGGGGCCUCAUGGAGGAAAAGGAGAGAAAGGUGAUCCUGGAGUGAGUGGGCUACCCGGGAUUCUCGGUGUCACUGGGAAACAAGGAGAGAAAGGUGAAAUGGGCCUCAAAGGAGACAAAGGAGAUACAGGUUUAACCGGGCUGAAAGGAGACCCAGGGGGCAGGCCCGGCUGGAAUGGAACAUAGGGAGAGGUGGGCGAGCCUGGCAUACAAGGACCAGCUGGCCCCCCCGGACCAGAUGGCAUCAAGAGAGAGAAGGGUGACAAAAGAGGCUGUCUAUUUGGAGAGAAAGGACAGAAAGGCAGUAUGGGGGAGCCAGGGCCUCAAGGGCCAAAAGGAGACAUGGGUGUGCCAGGUCUGAAUGGCACAGAUGGGCUUCCUGGGGCUAAGGGUCCGAAGGGAGACCCAGGACCCCCAGGUAAGCAGGGAGAGCCUGGUCCUCCAGGACCCCAUGGACCACCAGGGCAGAGGGGGAUGCCAGGGAUGAAAGGCACACGAGGCCUGAAGGGAGCACAAGGUGUUAGGGGAUUCAAGGGCCUUAAAGGUGAACCUGCCGUUCAGAAGCGCUCAGCCUUCAGCGUUGGUCUCUUUCCCAGCCGAUCGUUCCCACCACCUGGCCUGCCGAUCAAGUUUGAUAAAGUCAUUUACAAUGAGGAGGGUCACUGGGACCCCCACGCCAGUAAGUUUAACUGCACUCAUGGGGGAGUUUACGUCUUUUCCUACUACAUAACAGUGCGUAAUCGCCCCCUGCGUGCAGCCCUGGUGGUGAACGGCAUUAGGAAACUGCGAACUCGCGACUCACUUUACGGCCAGGACAUUGACCAGGCCUCCAACAUGGCAGUGCUGCGUCUAUCAUCUGCACUUGUUUUUAAUGUGUGCAGGUGA